CUGGGAUAUGGAUAGAAUUUUUGUACUAUCUAAAAUGUUAUUACGAUAAUUUCUUAUGUGUUCUUUGAAAUAACAAAGAAUAUAGAUAAAAUAGUUUCGGGAUAAGGCUUUCGCCAUACGAUAGGAGCACUUGGUGAACAGGCCCCUGUGGACCAGAAACCGUCCGUCGGCUCCCGGACUAGUCUCAGUCGGUUUCUCGGAGAAAGUGUCCCUCUAACUUAGUUACCAACGUCUAAAGUCUCAGAAGGGAUAAACUGAAACAAUGGCGGAGGCACACUCUGCUGUGGCAUUCUCAUUUGCAAUCUCUCACGAGGGUGUCCAUGUUAACUAUGAUACUGAGGUGCUCCAUGUUAUAUGGCAUUCAGGUAUCCGUUAUUGGCGAAGAGGUAUUCAGCGCAUCGUUAACAGUGUGCGAUGCGGUAUUUUCCCAGCAACCCUGUCAUCUUUGGCCUUGACUAUAGGAGGCUACAAUGCUAUGUACCUGAGUAGAGAUAUGCACUCUGUAAAUUAUGACAUUACUUUUGGGCUUGUGGAUCUUCUUAAGCAGCACAUUAAACUGGAAGAACCUGCUAGAGGUAUAGUGUGCUGCACAGUGUCUGGCUUUGCAGUAUGGUUUGGUGUCUUUAUAUUCAUGAAGUACUCAUUACGUUGCCUGUUCGUGUACAAAGGUUGGAUGUAUGAGAGCAGAGGCAAGGGCCGUACAAUGAGCAUCACAUCUCGUUUAUGGUUUUCAGCUGUGAAAUUUUUGACUGGCUUCUCCCGUCCAAUGCUGUAUUCCUACCAGGGAUCGCUUCCUCGUCUCCCUCUGCCAGUUCUUAAGGAUACUAUGACCAGGUACCUCCGCAGUGUACGACCCCUGAUGGAUGAUGAGGCCUAUGCCAGGAUGGAGAAGCUUGCAGAUGAUUUCCAGAAUGGAAUUGGGAAGAAGUUACAAAGGUACCUUGUAUUGAAGUCAUGGUGGGCCACCAACUAUGUAACAGAUUGGUGGGAGGAGUUUGUGUAUCUGCGUGGCCGUUCUCCCCUAAUGGUGAACUCUAACUUCUAUGGUACAGAUGCCAUUCUUCUUCAUCCAACAAACAAACAAGCAGCACGAGCUGCUAAUGUUUCUCAUGCAGCUUUCCUGUUCCGUCGUCUGAUAGAGAGACAGCAGCUUCAGCCGAUUAUGGUCCAGAAUGCUGUACCUUUGUGCUCAUAUCAGUAUGAGCGUACUUUUAAUACCUGUCGCAUCCCUGGUAUUGAAACGGACAAGAUCGUGCACUUUGGGGAUUCUACUCAUAUUGCAGUGUAUCAUGCUGGUAGAUACUUUAAGAUGCCAUGCUAUUAUAAGGGUAAACUUCUGACACCAAAGGAGCUCCAGAUCCAAUUUGAACGUAUCUUGAAUGAUGAGUCUGCACCAGAAAAAGGAGAACUUUACCUUGGUGCUCUUACUGCUGGUGAACGCAAACCUUGGGCUGAGGCACGCUCAAAAUACUUCAGUAAGGGAAUCAAUAGGUCUUCAUUGGAAGUAAUUGAAAGGUCUGCAUUUGUACUUGUUCUUGAGGAAGAGUCACAUGACUACUGUGAAGAUGAUCCUGAUCAUUUAAAUAAGUUUGGACAUGCAAUGCUUCAUGGCAAGGGCUAUGACAGAUGGUAUGACAAGUCAUUCAAUGUAAUUGUCAUGAAGAAUGGAAGGAUUGGUUUUAAUGCAGAGCACAGUUGGGCAGAUGCGGCCAUCAUGGCUCACCUUUGGGAGUAUGUCUUAACUGAAGACUUAAUGGACAGUGGGGCAGACGCCCCAGUCAUGGGCCACCUCUGGGAGUUCAUUAUGGCUGAGGAUCUCUUUGAAUAUGGAUAUGAUGAAGAAGGCAACUGCACGGGUAAAGUGAAUUGCGACCCACCAAUUCCCACAAGGCUUAAGUGGGAUCUUAGUCAGGACUGCCUAACAGCCAUUGAUGUCUCUUACAAAGUCGCAGAGGCACUAUUGAAUGAUGUUGACCUCCGCUUGUACAUGCACACUGCGUAUGGUAAGGGGCUGAUGAAGAAUUGCCGCCUUUCCCCAGAUGCUUUCCUGCAAAUGUCAUUGCAGUUAGCCUAUUAUAGGGAUGCUGGGAAGUUCAAUCUGACCUAUGAGGCUAGUAUGACCAGGCUGUUUAGAGAUGGGAGAACUGAGACUGUAAGGCCAUGCACCAUUGAGUCGAGUGCAUGGGUUAAAUCUAUGGAGGAUAAGCAAGCUACAGAUGAAGAACGCGUUGCAUUACUCCGCAAGGCCUGUGCUCAGCACCAAAAAGGGUACCAAGAUGCUAUGUGCGGCAAAGGCAUUGAUCGUCAUCUUUUCUGUCUCUAUGUCAUAUCCAAAUAUCUGGAAGUUGACAAUCCCUUCCUUAGUGAGGUUCUUUCAGAACCAUGGCGUUUAAGUACCUCUCAGACUCCGCAUGGGCAAACAGGAAGGAUGGAUUUGACCAAGAACCCGAAAUGCAUAAGUGCUGGAGGAGGUUUUGGGCCUGUUGCUGAUGAUGGGUAUGGAGUAUCCUAUAUAAUUGCAGGAGAAGAUACUGUAUUCUUCCACAUAUCCAGUAAGAAGAGUUCUCCUGUAACGGACUCACGUCGGUUCGCCCGCCAGAUUGAGAAAGCCUUAGAUGAUAUGAAGAAUCUUUUCAGAUCUGUGAAAAAGUGAAUACAUACUGUACCAGGUAACAGAAGUAGUAACUGCAAAACUGAUCAUGUUCACCUCAGUCCAUUGGUUGCUAAUCAGUCAUUUUUAAGCAGAAUUCAUUGCAUUCUGCAGUGUUUACUUCAUGUUUUUAAUCAGACUUUUGGUGUCACAUUUAAUUAAUUUCUCCCUGUUUGGGGUUAGCAGACUGUAUCAUGUAAAAGUAAAAAUUAUUUUUAUUUUAUCCUAUUUAUAACAGUUUAAUACACAAUACUUUAGACUAAUCAGUAGUAUACUUUAUUUUACUACUUUACAUACUACUUCAUAAUGAUAUGGUUCUGGUUUUAUGGUAUUUAACUUCAGAAUUGUAGAGUACGUACUUCAAAACUUUUCUGCUUAAUUCAAUUUUAUCCUUGUGAUAAAAUCAGAGUCAUCAUUGUUAUUUUUAUAAGACAUAAUUCUUAGAAAUGGUACUUUUUCAUUAAAAUUAAGUGUAUUUCUAUCAUUGUUGUGAAAUCUUCUCUGAUGUUUGCAGUCAGUAGUACUGUAGUACAUAGGAACCUUUAUCUUAAGGUUUUAUAUCUGACAGAUGACUUUUUUUUUUUUUUUGUUGUUAAGUCAUAUUCUUAGUAAUAACUGGUGAAAUUUUCAUGCUUAACAAAUUGCUAUUUUAAAUUAAUUUAGGAAUGAAUGUUGGUUUGAAAAGCUCAAUUUGUCCUGUUAAACAAUGACUUUACAGUAAAUUAAGUUUUAAAAAUUGUGUAAGAAAUAUAUAUGCAGUUGAGACAGUUGUUAAAAUAAGACGUGCAAAGAAGUCUUGUGCUUGAGCUGUUUCUUACAUAAGGUAUUUUAUUGACUUGAAAAGAAAAGAGUAUAUCAAUUUCAUAUCAGUUAGUAAUGCUAUAGAAUAGUUUAUUGGUACUAUAAUAUCACUGUAUAACAAGAAUUUUAAUGACAACACAAAAUGUAGUGAGGUUAAAGUACAAUAUGGAACUAUGCUCUGAGUAUAGUAUUCGCAGAGGCAUACAAUUGUAAGAAAUAAAGCUUUCAAAGAUGUAGACAAAAACUUUUUGGAUAUUAAUGGAGAUUUAUAUGUGGCCCUUGCCAAUAGCAGCACUGGAAGUGAUUAGAAAUUUAGGUUAUCCAGUAAAAAUUAUUGUGAAAUGAACUCAUAACUCCUAGUUAAGGCAAGAUAUGUUUAGGAAAACAAAACAUUGUUAUGCUGCAGGAACACUUGUGAUUUCUUCAUUAUAGGACUUUGUACAGUAAGUGAUUGAUACGUUGUCUAAGUAAUGUCUAUUUCAUUAAUUUCAAAGAGUGACACAUAGCUGACAUUAAUAUUUACCACAAUAGACAUCAAAUGCUUUAGUGCAAAGGACAAGAGGCCACAAUGUUAAGGAGAUAACUUAUUAUUUGUUUUAUGAUCUAAGGAAAUUAUCAGUUUGGAUUAGUUUUUUCUUAUAUCUACAAAACAUACCAGCAAUUAUGAGUACAUCUUCACAUACUAUUGGCCGCAGAUGCAAAGGUUGCAUAUAUUCCAUUGAAAAUGUAAAUAUUGAAAUUUUGGUCAAAAGUCAUGACAUGUUUAAUACUUUAUCUUAUAGGUAUCUUUUUCCAUUAUUCAUAUGAGUUUAACACAUGUAUUUCCUUUAUAUACAGUACAUACUGUAAAAAUACAGUAGCCUCUCCAUAUAUUUGAGGAAUUCUCUGAAUGAUAGCAAACCCCUUAUUAACCUUAAAAAAUACAGUACUGUGUGCAUUUUAUCAAUAUUUGGAUACCAUUUCUCCUAUGAAUUAUAAACAUCAAGAUAUCAAUAAAAAUAAACAAAGUAGAAUAUACCAUUUACUCAGUUGUUUAGCUUUCAGAAAUAAGUGAUGACACUCUCAAAAAACCUUAGCUUUAACCACUUUCAUUCUUUCUGUAAUAAAAGUUGAUGACUGCUUAUGAAAUGACAGUAUAUGGAUGGUAAGAUAAUGAACUACUUAUGUAAGCAAUUUGAUUGCAUUGCAAUGAGCAUCUCUUAGUGUUACUUCAGAAGGUUCAUCUACUUCAGGGGAGCUAACUGACAAAACUGAAGUUGAUGGAGUUUGUCUGGAUGCCAAGAGAAAGGGUUGUUUCUUUCUGGAUAUCAGGAGAAGCAUUUGUUCUGGAAGGGAUCCCCUUCUUUUAUAAUACUUUGUAUAAUUCUAUCAGAAAUCUAGCAGUAGCAACUCUGCUUAUAAUUUCCAGUUAGAUAUAACAGGAUUUUUUAUUCUAUAAAUGUAAAUAAAAUAUUCCUUUAGCACUGGAAUUAACCCCCUUCCUAGUAUAUAAGCAAAGUAUAAAUCUGUACACUUUUACACUGUAUCAGAAUUAAGUUUAUACACUUGAACAUCUUGAUAAAUUGUGAGGAUUUUUAAAAAUGUUGUAUUAAUAUUUUUGCCAUUAUUUUUUUUAUAUCCACAUUAUCAGCUUGCAUGAAUAGAAAAUAGUGAAUGUUAUUUUAAAAAGCUAAAAAUUUGCAGCGAUUGAAUUCAGAUUUCACCUGCCCAUUUGCCAUCAUGUGCACACUACACAAAUUUACUCCAUAAAUUCACAAGUUGACAGUGGUUCACAGUACAGUUUUGUUUUUGUACUUGGUAUGAAGUUCAUUGAAUAGCUUGCUUGAAGGGAGGAAUAAAAAAAAAGGCAAUGUUUACAGAACUGAAAUUUAGGAGUGUUUCAGGAUGUAUAAAACAUUAAGGAUAGAAUUAUGGCAUACAGUUUAUGUACAGAAGGUAUCAUAAAAGUCAAGUCUUUAUAAAGUUUUGCAAAUAAGGUUUUAAUGAAUUUAAAAGCAAAGGAUAUGUUUUAUGAGGGUGUUAGUCAUCAGCUUAUUUUUUCUUAGGUACACAAGUACAUUGCUGAAAUACAGUAUAUUCUAUUUUAUUAAUAUUCUGAUGUUUUUGCAAUAAUUUAAAAUACAAACUAUCAGUAUUUAAAACAUAAUUAUACCAUACUACUGUUUACAGAGGAUUUUUAUCUUAUCCAAGGAAUAAUAGAGCAAAUUCUUUGUUGAAUAGGUGACUAAUGUAUAUCAGUUCAUAUUUGUCAAGUUAAACAGAAGUAUGUUGGUAUGUUAAAAGGUGUUUGAUUUUAUUAAAAUAAUUGUUAAUGCCAAUAGAAUUGUAAGAAGAAUUCAUGAAAAGAUAGGAUUGUGAAAAUAAUUAAUGUCAAAGGAACUGUAAGAAGAAUUCAUGAAAAGAUAGGCAGGUAAAAAGUCUGUGUUGUUACAUGAUAGAAACAAACUUUCUGGUUGAAUUAUCUGGAGAAAGUGCAAAGCUAGAAAUAUAAGUUAUUUAACCUUACUACUGACUUUACAUAUAUAUAUAGUAUAUUCUGUUUAUAUAAAAAAUAUAUAAUAGCUUUCAAAAGUUUUUAUAUUGUGCUUCAUUCUGAAGGUAACAUUAACAGCAAAACUUCUUGUCUCGUGUACUGCAUUAUUUUUUUUUAUGAGCUUCACAUAACUGAUUAGAUUUUCAUAAAUGGUUUUCAAAGUGCUUGUGAACCCAUAGUUUAGACUUCUGUAUAUCAAUGAACUUUUUGUAUUUUGAGGAAAUUUUAUGGAAUUUCAGUUACUGAUUUGUUGAGAGACAUGGUAAGUUUUGUAUGUUCUUUAAUCAAUGCAAAGACAAACAUUGUUUGUGCCACCUUUAAUCAAUGCAAUUUUAGUCUAGUUCAUAUUAGUGUGUUAAAAGAGAAUAAUUUUGCAAACAGCAAUUUGUUGUCCCUUUAAUGUACAGUUUUUUUUUAGUAUUUAGACAUAUUUAUAUAGUUAUUAAAUGUACUAUUAUUGAAGCUAUUGCUUCUGUUAUAAGCUUCAUCAUAUUUUGAAGCCUUCUGGUUAGUUAUUACAUCUGCCUCAGUUUAUCCAAUAGCUGUUUUGUUGUAAACAUGGUGACACUAUAUGUGAUUAUACAGGAUAAUCAGGUAAUCCUUCUAUCAUGUUUUAUAAUUAUUGUAUUUGUUGCCAUAUAGGACUGAAAUUUAAGAAAGCAUGUUGAUAGUAAUGAAUUUUUAAAGGGGAAACUUAUAGUUUUAUUUGGAAUCAUUUUUGAGGCCUUAGAGCUUGCCUUGAACCAUAUUCUGCAAUUUACUUCAGAAUCAUUGACUAAUUCCAUCUUCUAGCCUGACAAGUACUACUGUAUCAUAGGGUAAUUAUCACCUAUGUGUUUAUAUUAUCAUAGAUUUUAGUCAGGUUUCUAAUUUUUUAGUUAUCUGUAUGUGUAACUUAAGGGAAUGUCAGAUUAAAAGAAGGUACAUGGUGAAUGGAAACUCCAGUAACAUUUUUGUAUUGCUGUAAAUUGAAGUUAAAAUGCAAUGGACAGCAUUCAGCCCAAUAUUACUAGACUGUGCUUGACAUAAAGUUAAGAAAAUAGCAGGAUUUAUGUAACAUAAUUUUAUGUUUUCAUAAUUUGUGUGGCCACAACUAUUAAAAACUAAUGCUUCUCUUAUAGAGUUGGUUCACAUUUUUUAUUAUUGAUUAACAGAUUGAAAGCUUAAAAAUAUGAGUCUAAUUGUUGUAUUGCAACAGAGGAGAAUGGAAAAUUUUUUUAAUUUUCAAAUUUUUGUCUACUCCAUGGAGGUGCAAUUUGUGGAAACGAGUCAUGCUCUGCAAGAGUUUGUGAAUAAUGUAGAAAAAAAACUCUCAAUAUUACCAACAUACAUGAGGUUGAGCAAAAGACAUUUUAUUCCUUUCUAAGUCAUUUAGUUUUACUGUUAAAUUACAAUAAAUGAGAUGCUUUGGGGACAGGAUGUGGGUGGAUCGGGGAAAUUAGACUUUCAGAGAAAUAUACUAUACGUAUAUGGAAGUAGCUGGGAGUUUGAAGGUACAAAUCACCAAGAAAUGGCAGAGGUUAGGACGUGAACCAGAUGGUAAGGCGCAAGGUAGAAGCCAUUUUAGAGCUCUCUUAUGUUUCAUUACUUCAAAGGAAAACUAUGUAACCAUAUCAGCAUAGAUACUGAUAGUGACACAACAUAUUUUGCUGUACUGUGGUUACAGUAACUUUAUUUGUAUACAGUAUGUACUGUGUAGGCAAAUUGCAACUUCUAUAUAGGAAUAUGAGCUUUCCUGUGUAUAGUCAUCUUCAGAAUGAUCAUUACUCAUUUCCAUGAAAUAGAUAAUAAUGAUUUUAUGAUUUUAAGAUAUGAUUAACUGACAGUUUUGAUGCUUUGCAAGACUUUUAGAAAGGCGAUAUCUUACAUGAGCCUUCUUUCUCACGUAAAAUUCAGGGCUAAUUUUGUGAAAUGUAGAAGACAAGAAGUCCUAUAUGACAUCAAAUAUGAUAGGUUUAUACCUAUGCCUUAAUGCUGUAGUAUUUCAUGUGUUUCUUGGGGUGAUGGUUAAGAUUAACAGAUAGUUUGGUAUGGAAAAAAGCUUACUACUUUCUCAGUUUUGAUUCUAGAGUAGUAGUAGUAGUAGUGGUAUUUUACGUAUGGAGGUUGAGUCCUGAGAAAAUAAUUUUCAUACAUUACUGUUUGGCUGUAUGUACAGGAAAUUUUUAGCAAAUUAAAUAUCCUCAAGAAUUGUCUUUAUAAGCAUAAAACCAUUGAUUCAUUUGGGUUACCUCUCCGUCCAUAUUUUCAUUCUUCCGGAUUAUUAUGCUUCUGCUAUGCAGCUAACUCUUGGUGUUAUUUUUUUACAUGAUUAGUUUUGACACAUUGAACAGAAUUAGUUAAUUGUUUGUCAGGUGUUCAUAGUAUGAACAGUAUUAUCAAAAUUUCGGUCAAGUGAUAUGCGGAGUAAUGUAUGUAAAUAUUUUUUUCAUGAAAACGAGUAUUUUUUUAGUUACCCAAAUUUAAGUAAAUUUUUUGUAUUGUACUUGACUAAAAUAUUGCAGCUCCUCUUGCACCUGCUGAGUAAUUGAAAGUAGAACUUCAAACUUUUUCCCAGAGGAAUUUUUAUCUCAUUUUUGUGAUUAUGCUACUUAAUCAUUUACCUAAGCAAUAGUAUUUAAGAUUUCAAGUGAACAAAGCUUUUCAUUGUCAGCAGAAUGGAAAUUAAAUCUAAAUAAUCAUGAAAAAGAAGUCUGGUAAAUGGAUUUGUUCUUUGAAAUCCAGUCUGUGUGUAGCACGUACAACAUACUGCUGUACAAAGUACGUAUAUUGGAAAAAUACAUAAUCAGAUGUGGAACACUGAACUAGUUGUACCAAGCUUAAUCAUUACCAAUAUAUAUUACAUAUUGCAAGAAACUGAUGUACUAGCAAGAUUGUUUGUGAACUUAUAAAGUGCUUGCUUGAAUCAUAAGAGUCAGGUUAGAUAAAUCACCUUAGAAAUGGUAAUCCGUCCAGCCAUCAUUUGCAAAGUUAUUAUUCAGUGUUUCUGUAAGCAUUUCACCUUAGAUACAGGGUGUCCCAUAUUGAUGGAACACAUUAUGAAUGCAUUCAUCUUGGAUAAUAUAUAUGAAACUUGUGUACAAAAUAUAUUUAUUACGUAGCUGAAAGGACAAGAGUUCAUUGACCACUGUUACACAAAACAUUUACCUGUUGAGCCAAUCAACACCUGGACUUCAUCAGGCUUUGUUUAUUGGCCUUUGCCACAUGUUCAGUGGCCUUCUCCUCAUGUCUACAGUUUUCUGCUCUGUGAGAUAUUUGAGGUUGACUCAUGGAUUUUUUUACAAAUGAAAGUUUGUACCAACACAGGAUCACCUUUCAGGAUGAUACCUGACACUUUCCAAAAUGCUGUCAAAAUUUCCUUUGUCCUGCAAUGAUGAAGCUUAGGUGAAGUAUGCUCCCACUAUAUGCAAUUUCUGUUGGAGUCCAUGACAUAUGGGGUCCGCUAUCUGCAAAAAGAAAUCAGAUACUUGUUAAUAUGUUGGCUCCACAGUAGUAUAUACAUUAAAAUACACAUUUUCAAUGUAGAUAAAAAUGACCAUGUUCAUGAGAGCUAACAAUAUGAUGUGUCCCAUCAUCAUGGGACACCCUGAAUGUAUGUACAGUGGGGCCCUCGUAUUCGCGAACUCACACAUUCGCGGAUUUCUCUCGGGAACGUUUCCCCGCAUUAUUCGCGGAAAAUUCGCGCAUUUGCGGUAUUUUUCUAUGAAAAAUCCCACAAAUUCCUGGUUUUUUUUUUAUCAAUUUCAUCAUAAAAUGCAAUUUUUGUGAUGAAACUAUUAAAAAACCAAGUAUGAAAAUUUUUAGUGGUUUUUCUUGAGUUUUAACUAACAAAAUAGGCUGUUUUUAGCCUUUUUAUAGGGGUUCCAAACAUUUGCGGGUUCUAACUAUUCAUGGGGGCGGGGUCUGGUACGCAUCCCCACGAAUACGGGGGGACCACCGUAUAGUAAUGGCAACACUUUCCUUUCAACUUUCUGACAUCUAAAGUAUGAAGAAAUUAAGUGGAUAUUGUGGCUAUUAUUGACACAUUAUAAUUUUGUUAGAAGCAUGACUAUAUCAUUUUCUCUAACUUUAUGAACAGGUAUACACAUAUGACAUAUGAAAAGCUAUCAUGAAAAUUUGGACUUGUGACUAUGAAGAGGUUUUUAGUAGAUUUUACCAGUGCUGAAUCUUUCCUACCACAUGCAUCCACCAUACCUUUCUAACUUUCAGAUUUGUAUUAAAUGCGAAUUAUUCAACAGAGGCCAUGGAUGUACAAAAAAUAAGUGCAAACCUUAUCUCAUCCAUCACACUGGCUGCUUUUAAUACCCAGAAGUGUGAGCAGUUAUGAGUAGGAAACAUAAGUGACUUAAGUAUCAUUCAAUCACUUGAAAUAUAUGAAAAUUUUAUUAUUAAUAACCAAUCAUAUUACAUAUUGUAUAAAGAUGAUAUAUAAGCAAAGCACUAUAUGUAAAAAUACAAGGUAAGCAUAACUAUAAAGUAUAUGUACACGUAUAGUUAUGUAAUGCACUAAUAAGUGGCACUUUACUUCAAGUAACCUAGUAAAGAAAAACUAUGUACGUAUUAAAAUAAUAAAUGGAAUGGAAUAUCAAAUUUAGGCUCAAGGCCAAGCACUAAAAUAAUAAAAGUAACACAUUUUUAAAUACUAAUUUGUAUUUUUCCUAAACAAAAAACCUGGUCUUUAUAUAGGAGGGGAGAUGUCUUUCAUAUCCAUGGUUAGCAACGUUGAGUCUAGUCAGUACUUGGAUAAGUGACCUGGGAACUCCAGAUACUGUUGGCGUGUAGAAGAUGUCUUUUGAUCUACGAUUCAAGUCUUUGACUUAUGACUUCUCAUUGUUCUGUUGGAUUCACCAGGUGAUCAACAGUAUAUGAGCAUUCCAUUUCUAAGGACCUCAAAAGGCUACCAAUUGCCUAAAGUCCUUUAAUGUUACCACUUAAGGACUCCACCUCCAAGCUAGGUGCCGGCAACAUAUUAUUAGUUCCAGCUUGGCCAAGAAGUGGUGUCCAAGAGCUACAUUUCUUUUGACUUGUGUAAUUAUCAACGGACAUACUCCACAGCUGAUGUGGGAGAAAACGUGUUCCAGGUGAGGUUUGAUAAGGUCAGGGCCAUUGGUAACCCCUUAGCAUUCAAGAGGAAAACACUGCUGGAUAGGUACUAAGGACAGGAAUGCGCUCACGACAGACCACAUUUGCCUCCUUUUUACCUUAGGGCCAAUUGCCCAUAGAUCCUUGACUCCUUUUUUCCUUGGGUUCUGAGGUGGCUUCUCAACAGUCUUUUAGCUCACCUCACCCAGCUCCUGAGGACAGAAGGCAUCUCACAUCCUACCCUCUCUUUUAUCCACUUCUAAGUAACGAUUAGAAAGCUGUCACGUGCUGAACAUGUGCAUGCAGGUGUACUAGAUGACUGAGGAUACUGUCUUGUAAUCUAUCUCUCUAGAUUAUUAGAUGCAACUCCUACCCUCUCUCUAGCAAGGGGAGAGGGAUUGGCGAUGAACAGUCCUGUUGAUUGUCCUCAUUCUUGAAGUAUUUUCACAUUGCAGUAUGGAUUAUUUCAGAGGGGUUGAGGGAUUUUUCAUCUUCUUGAGAGGCUGUCAUUGCCUUGAUAUUAAGCAUAUGCUUUCUUUUACUUCAUUUACCAGUUUAUACGUUUGAUUAGCUCUUGUUUUCACAGUUAUUUUGCCCUUACUAUUAAAAAGGAGUUACUUUGUAAAUCCAUACUUUUCAUUAUUACCGUCAGUCUACUUUUCAGAUCCUCCACUCUGGAAUGUUAUUUACAUCUCUCUUCCAAAACUGCAUCUGCAUCUCCCUCAUAAUUCUGUCUUCCAGCUUAUGUCCACCCAUUACAUCCUUAAGACCAGAUCUGUUCAUUCCUUUGUCAUUAUUUAGGUCACCUCCUAUUAGUAUCCCAAUAGACAGUGACAAAUGUCACUACAUCUCCUAAAUUAUCGAGGGUCUAGUUGGAAUUACUUUCUUCUGCUAGUAAAAUUGACUUCAAUAUCUGUAUUAACAGUCAUAAAGGAACAUAUUGAUUGUUAUUUAAGUUAAUUAAGUCUUACAAGAUCAUCUAAAUAUUUAUUUUUUCCAUAACAAAAUGGCAGAUGUGCUAAGAAAACCUAUAGUAUUAGGUGCAGUGCACUGAACACUGGUUAGGAUGAAUGCUGAUUUGACCUCAGGGCAUUGCAGGAGGGAAAUGGGACAUCUGCAACAUCGAGUUUUGUCCUUUGGACUUUUAACAUGAUCAAAGUGGUAUUGAAUUUGUGGAUGUGCUUAAGGAGUUGCAAAAUGUCAAAUAUUUUCUGUAGUUCAUCAGUAACCACACUUUUGGCCAACCCUAUGAGAUGGUAAGAACAUUAAUUCAGCAUUUUUUAUUAGCAUAACCAAUGCUUUGUUCAUUGAUAUUUUUCUGUUUUGUGCCGUUUGUGUGCACUUAUAGCAGUACACCUGCCAAGCAGCAGAAAUCCUUACUCUUCAAGACUUAAGUUGGAAAUAUUUAACCAUCUUCCUAUUUAUUUUCAUUGUUGAGAUUAAAGUGUGCUGCAGACAAACUUUGGAAACACUGUCCAUGUCCAUGCCAAGGCAAAGCUGCAGACAUUCAUGAAUUUUGUUUGGAAUGCAAGAUAGUAAGUUAUUGCACAGGUUAAGUAACAUUAGUGUUAGGAAAAAAUGUUAGUCUGUUUGCUGAUUUGUAAUAGGUUAACUUACUCCAGAAAACUGGUAAAAUACAAAGCUACAUGUAGUCUUGCAGUUUAUCAUAUGGUGCAUGUAUUUUUUAAUCUGGCUGCAUUUUUUUACUUUGUUAUAGGUACACAGCAUUACUUAAAAUUUGUUUAAAAUGCUAUCUAUAUUUACUUUAGCUGAUAGUACAGACAUGAUUGCGAAUACAAUUUCUGGCAGGCUAACCUAUUGGUACAGGUCUUGUGUGAGGCGUAUUGCUUCCUUAAGUGAUGUUCAUCGGUGUAUUUCAGGUAAAUAUUGUAGUUAUACUUCUGUAUCAGUAAAUACAGUACCAGUAUUUACUUAAUGUGUUUACAUUAACCAGACAAGGUUAUCAAGGAAUUUAUUUUUACUUCACAGAAAUCUGUAACCCCCUUGGAUCUCCAACUAUUAAUUUAUUGAAAGGUUACUAAAAUGUAAAACUUGAAUAAUUCUAAUUUCAAAUUUUCUCUUUUCUGCUAGCUUAUUCCCAAUUUGACAGUCAGUGCUGAGAUAUGCAGACCUCAUGAUUCGAACCAUUAACCCAUGGUGUGGCUAUGUAUAGGUUCUAUUCAAAUAUCCUUGUUUGAGAAAGAUAACAUGUUCAGUGAUGAAUGUUCCUCAAGGACUUUUAGUGCCUCCUCCCAAUUUCUGGGGUUACCAGUGUGGUCCUCCCGUAGUCUUAAAUAUGACAUUGGCUGAAAAUUGAGAUUAGGUGAUUGCUGAUACAUAUGCAUAACCUCCAUACUACUUUGUUGGAAAUUGACUCUCAAAGAUUAAAAUCUUUACCUGCUUAUCAACAAUCUGAAUGUAAGUUGUGGACAUGGGCAUUCACAUAAUCCUGGAAAAUAGCACCUAGGAUGUGAUAAGAAUGAAAAAAUCUCUGCAGAAUUGCAGUGGGCAUCCAACCUAGCAGUUGUAGAGGGCUUGGAACAUCUAAACCUCUGCAACAUUGUGAAAAGGGCAAAACAAGUGCCUCAGUGGCGUCGUUGGCCUGCCUGCCACCUUGGUGGCUACAAGUUCGAUUCUCAGCCAUUCCAUUGAGGCAUCAGAGAUGAUCAGAGAUGGUGUAUUUCUGGUGAUAUUAGUUAUUUCUCGGCGUGGUUCGGAAGUCGCAUAAAGCCGUUGGUUCCGUUGCUGAAUAACCACUGGUUCCAUGCAGCGUAAACACCAUACAAAUAAACAAAAAGGCAAUACUAUCAUUGCUACCAAGGUGCUGACCUAAUUGGGACAGCAAUAUAUGUUUCUAGACCCAUGGCUAUUAGAGGUGGUGAGUAUAAUUCCACUGGCAAUAGUAGUUUUAUUCACUUAACGCCAUCCUGAUACUGCCUGUUACAAAUUUUUAAAAUUAUGAUAAUGUUAGAUCCUGUAGGUGAUAUUACCAUAGUUGGGAUGGUAUUUUAUGAAUCCCAGUGGCUUACACCUUCAGCUUCCCAUGGAUAUAUCACUUACUUUAGUAUAAGCCACUGAUAACCCAUCAACACUGAAUACCUUGGGAAUAAUUAAACAACCAAAGUGAGCUAUAUAUGACUGUUCCUACCUUAUUGUUUGUAUGUGGGUAUCAGUAGACUUAUCCAUACAGGCAUGAGGAGUGUGAGAAGUUUGACUGUAGUAAUGUUCCUAUUGUAUUCAGGUUUUUUACUUUGAUUCAAAAUCAAACCCAUUUCUACCAUGAUGGUCUGGUACUUUGGUGUUAACAUGUGGCUAUGUAGUCAUACAAUAAUUUGUCAAUAUACUGUUAGGUGCUUGAUCUCUUCAUAUUUUCAAAUAUUAAGACACAAGAAACCAGUUAAUAUUAAAUUCACAGUAGAUUAGAAUAAUUUGCUUGUAAUUGAAUUUUAAAAAUGUACUACAUACAUAUACUACAUGCAGUACACUGUAUACAUUUAACAGUGCACUUAGCCUAUGAAGGUUAGGAACAACUCAUUUAAUUCAGCUGUUUGUGUGUGAAUAACAAAAAUCAAGUCUGUCAAGGCAGCAGAGGUUAUAUUUUCAUGGGAAACAUGAAUUUUAAAAUUCUGCUUCCUAACAAAAGAAUCUUUUUCCACCGUUAUCCCUACACUAAGGGGUCGGUUGCCUGAUGCACCUUUCCUUACAACAUCAGGCAUGGUUUAUUACUUGGCAAAGGGGUUUUUACGACUGCAUGCCCUCGCUGUCAUUAACCACAGUUAUUGACUAAAGAGUCCACCAGCAAGGCAGCCGUUUCCACAGUUAUUGGCGGUGGGCCUAGCCUUUUACUAAAAAAAGUAUGGCUGCAAUGCAGCAGCUGUCCUUUUAGUUGCCUUUUACGACACGCAGGACCUACGGUGGUAGUAUUCUUACCCUUACCACAGGGUGGUUCCUAACAAAAGAUUGCACAUUUGCAACUAAAAGGCUAAUUUUCUCAAUUCUAAAUACUUUAUAUACUUCCCUACUUUUAUGGAAACAAACCAAAUAAAAAAAAAAUUUUUAUACUAAAAUUUUUUUUUAUAUACUAUUAAAUGUUUUUAGAAAAGCUCUGACAUUACAGCAAAUACUACUGUAUUCGUACAUCUGAAUGGCAUGGUCAAAAGUUGGCAAUUGUAGUUUUUAUGUAAUGCAUGAAACGUUCUGAUUAAAUUCAUAAUCAUCAAUAGCUUCAAGUAUAAGGUGUACUAUACCAAGAGCUUUUUGCAGGAACAAGUGAUCUUUGGCUGUAGCUAUCAUUUUGACCUAUUCCACUUUUAAAGGGCUAUUCCAUUAUAGUAUAUAAUUAAUAAUUGUGCAUUUACAUUUUUAUUGAAAUGAGCAUAAUUAAUAGAAAGCCAAUUACUCUAGGUCAGGCUUUUUUAAAAGUUGAACAUUGAAGUCAUUCUAAUUCAACUUUCUUUUCAUUUACUAUUUGGUUUGUAAUACAUUAAUUUUUAUAAAAGAUCUGGUAAAAGCUAAAUAUUUUUACUUGGUUGUGUUAAUAAAAACAGAAUUAUUUCUGUAAUAGUUAACUUUUUCUUUAUAUGAAUACAGGUUAUCUUUUCACAUAAAUGAGGAUUACUUUUAAUUAUGGAAAUAUUUAUAUGGGACAUUUUUCAAUGAUAGAAAAUCUUAUUAGUAUAUGUAAUUGUAAUUACUAAUAUGGGACAGCAUAACAAUUCAAUUUUCUUUAUUGCAACCUUACUGUUACCCAAGACUUGGCAUCUUAAUAUUAUAAAGUGAUCAGGUCUAAUCCUUUUUACCAAUCUAAAAGUUUUCUUUAAACCUCGGUGAUCAUUCAGCCUCACCCUCUAUAGAUGGUGGCACAUGAAUACUUUUUCCAACAUACUUUAGCAUCUUCCCACCAAACUCCUUAUGCCAAAAGUAAAAUACGUAUAGUUUUUAUAUUGUGUAUAAUUUAGGGAAUGCAUGUUGAUUACAGUAAUUAUGGACAAGCAAGAACACAGAUGACUCAGUGUCAGCCAACAGUUUAGGCUAUUUUACAUUAAUGGAUCAAUCCAUUAUUGACUACUUUGCAAAAGCUUGGUGGCAAGAUGCUAAGCCAUUAUGGAAAAUGUGCUCCUUUGACACUGCCUUAAACUCUUUGGUCUGGUUAAAAAUACUGAUAAUGAUCUUUUUCAAAACUAAACACUAAAAUAAAAAACAAUGCUAACUCGGCAGUUUACUAGCUAUAUGUAAUUAUUGCAAGAUAUUUUUAACCAAACCAGUAGAUUGCACAUGGGUAACCAUUGCAAUAGAAACUUGCUUCAUAGGUAAUAAAUUCACUGAACAGUUAUUCAAGAAACAAAUGUUAAAUUUACCAUGUAACUGGUAGCUUAACAUGAUGUUCUGCUUUAAUUCUUAAAGUAACUGUAGAUAACUUGAACUUUGUGAUUGUGUAAAAUAUUUGUGGAUAUCAUUAUGUAGACUGCAUUCUGUGAAUUGUUUAAUGUAAUCAUAUAUUUGUUUAAAUUGCCCAAGAUAUUACUAAUGCUUUGCCAAACAUUAUAUUUCAUGUUAUGUGUCAUUUUGAUUGUAAACUAGUAGCAUUUAAGGCUGCUAUUUAUCAAAAUUUUUCAAGGAAGUUUAUAGUGCAUCAGUUGUCUUAAUGCACAAGAAUUUGAAAAGCCUGGCAAAUCUGGAAUUGUUCUCACAAUUCAGUAAAUGUACAGUAAAGUGUACAACUGUAAUCUAGCACAUAUAUACACAACAGCUUACAGAGGAAAUAGUUUUGAAAAUCAUUCUUUGCUUAGUUUCAGGGUAGCAUAAUCUAUUGUUUUGAAAAUCAUCCUUUGCUUAGUUUGAGGGUAGCAUAAUCCAAAGGAUGAAUUGCAGCUAUUUUGCACAAAUGGUAGCAUUAUUAAAGCAUGUAAUAGUUAUCAGUUUUUCUUGAUCUGUAAUUACUAUUAAAACAAGUGUACCAUACUCUUUUCCAAUAAUGACUUGUAUCAUACUCUUUUCCAACAAUGACUGUUUACCUGAUAUAUACUAAAAUUGUAAGCUUGUGGCCAUUUUCUCUGCUGCUCAAAAAGUUUUACAGCUACAGUUUACAACUUGUACUCAGUGAUUAAUAGUGCUGUAUCAGGUAUUUUCACUAGGUGCCUCUUCAUCAAUGCAAUUGCCAGAAGUAACAGUGCAGUCAGUUUUAUUUUUGUCACAGAUACACAUUUUUGUAGAAAAACCAGGUCUAUUGAAGUUGAAUGUGGUAAAUAAAAAUAGUUUAUAAAUUAA